GUGAGUUUAGCGUACCGCCAUGCUGUCUUGGCCCUUCGGAGUUGUGUGUGGGGAACCAUACCAGAAAUGACCCCUGUCAACGACAUCAUGAACCUCUGUGUGCCCCGACAUCUCCGCCGGUGUGCCUAUCAUCACCUGGUGUCAGUGAGCGCGUCGUCCCGCGAGCGAGAAUAAACAACAACAAUGUGACCGGACUUCCGCCUAGUCCGAUGUCUCCGAUACCCACACUGGGGUCCCCAAAGCCGAGCGCUGCUUGCGCGACCCUUAAGAUGGAGACAAAAGUCUUCAAGGCUGGCGAUAUUUGUUUGAUUUCACGUCGUAACGUUACGAGCCGAAAGAGCUGAUAACGCCAAACAUGCCUCAUGCACUCACAUCUCGCGACUCCACCAUGGAGGCUAAGCCUUUGGGGUCUUAUGAGAAGACUGGUAUCGAUGUCUUGAUUGUAGGUACUGGUCUAGCUGGCCUCGUCGCUGCGCUCGAAUGCACACGGAAAGGGCAUACCGUUCGCGUUCUUGAAAGGGGCGCCGACAUCAAUACAGCUGGUGACAUGUACUUCAUGGGUCUUAGCGCAACACGAUUCCUGAAGCACUGGCCAGAGCUCAUCAAGGAAUACAAGGAGAUAUCUCUCCACAACGCUUGGAUCCAGACUUUCAAGCACUCUGGCGAGGAGAUCAUCGGACCCAAGAAGGUCGCCGACCGCCUGCGAGCGCAAGGACUGGACCCCGACACACCGCCUGGCGAAUUCCAAAUGCGCCCUCUUGUCUACCGGAUGUUCGUUAACGCCGUGGAAAGGCUCGGUGUCUCAGUCGAGUUCAACCGCAAGAUUGUGGACUACUCCGAGGACGAGACAAGAAGCAAGGCUUCAUGCACAACAGAUGAUGGGAAGACAUAUGAGGCCGAUGUCAUCAUCGCAGCCGAUGGUGUAGGAUCAAAGAGUCAGAAGUUGGUCGGUGGCCAGGUUCGAGCGCAGCCUUCAGGACGUGCUAUGUGGCGCGCAGCCUUCCCAAUUGAGGAGCUCGACAAGAACCCUAGGGUCAAGGAGUUCUUCAAGAUGAUGCCCAACAACGAAUCGAUUGUCAGGACAUGGCUUGGCCCCUCCACAUAUGCUCUGACGUUGACCCGCGAGGACGUCAUGGUCUGGAUCAUGAACCACGAUGUCACGGGUACCGAGAAGGAGAGCUGGAACAAUACCAUCGAGAAAGAGGAAGUCCUAGAAGGCAUGGAUAGAAUGCCCGGUAUGGAGAAGGUCAAGUGGGCGCCUAUCUUCAAAGAGCUCGUCGAUGUCACACCACCCAAUACCAUUGUCAACUUCGAACUUCUCUGGCGAAACCCGCAGCCCAAGUGGGCUUCUCCUGCUGCCCGCGUCAUCCAGAUUGGUGACUCCGCGCACUCCUAUCUUCCAGCCUCCGGCAACGGCGCCACACAAGCCAUUGAGGACGCUAUUUCAAUCGCCUCUUGUCUACAGAUCGGCGGCAAGGAGAACAUACCCCAGUCAGUGCGCGUUCACCUCCGCUUCCGCUUCAUCCGCAACUCGUGCGCGCAGAAGCUCGGCUUCUCGAACGCCGAACUCCUCCAAGACACCGACUGGGACAAGGUCAAGCUCGACCCCCGUCGCGCGGCCCCAAAGCUGCCGAAGUGGGUGUGGUCGCACGACCCUGAGGCCUACGCGUACGAGAACUACCACAAGGCCGCUGAGAGCAUUAAGAAGGGCGUUGACAUGGCCGAUGAAAACAGCUAUGAGCCCAACUACCCGAAAGGCUACAAAUACGAGCCCUGGAACAUCGAGCAGAUCAUGGAGGAUAUGAGGGCGCACAAGCCUAUCGACCUUGGUCCCGGCGACUGGGAGUGAAUCUUCAACAGAAGAGUCUUUGGCUAUAGCGAAGUCUGCACGCAUUAGGCGUUGAACAGCGAUCAAUCAGCAUUCAUAACGAUGAGCCUAUCAAGUGCUUCAUUUCGAGCCCCCCUACGUGUCCAUUGUUAGAUCAUGGCUGCUUUGAAAUAAUGCGAACAAACAUUGACUCGUGCAUGCGUAGCUGCAAACAUCUUACUACAUUAACCCGACUCGUGGGAACCUUUCGCAAGACUCUUCUUUAGAUCACUUCCCGUCUGCGUCAGGCUCGCAGAUAUCAGCGGUGUUUUCUUAUUCGAGUUCCGAUUCUGGAGGUCUCAUGAAAAUGUAACUCAGUCGUGUCCCGCAUGACUGCCAAUCAGU